AUGGGCAGCUUAGCAAACGGCACCGCCCAAGGCAACUUCCUCUUCACCUCCGAGUCCGUCGGCGAGGGUCACCCAGACAAGAUCGCUGAUCAGGUUUCGGACGCUAUUCUCGAUGCCUGUCUCGCUGAGGAUCCCCUCUCCAAGGUUGCUUGUGAGACUGCCACCAAGACCGGUAUGAUCAUGGUCUUCGGCGAGAUCACCACCAAGGCCCGCCUCGACUACCAGAAGAUCAUCCGAGAAGCCAUCAAGGAUAUCGGUUACGAUGACUCUGCCAAGGGCUUCGACUACAAGACCUGCAACGUCCUCGUUGCCAUUGAGCAGCAGUCCCCCGAUAUCGCCCAGGGUCUUCACUACGAUGAAGCUCUGGAGAAGUUGGGCGCUGGUGACCAGGGUAUCAUGUUCGGAUACGCCACCGACGAGACCCCUGAGCUCUUCCCCUUGACCCUCCAGCUCUCCCACAAGCUUAACCGUGCCAUGAAGGAUGCCCGCAACGACGGAUCCCUGCCAUGGCUCCGUCCCGACACCAAGACCCAGGUCACCAUUGAGUACGCCCACGACAACGGUGCCGUCAAGCCAGUCCGCGUCGACACCGUCGUUCAUCUCCGGAAUAAUUCAACAUGA